AGGAGCCAUUUGGACCUCAGAAAAUCGUCUGGUGAGGAGGGUUGAAGGAUCCUCGAAAGAACGCGUUUGCAUCCCAACUUCCCAGCCUCCACAGCCUGUUUCUUAUUCAAGGUUUGCAAUUUUUCCUUGGUGGGUAUCUCUUAUUUCGAUCCAAAUUACAGUUUUAAAGAAGAAAUCUUGGUGUGGUUUCCAGGAAGCUCUUUGUUUGAGGGUGUGAGAGGAUGGUGGGAGCUCUAUCAAUCGUGGGCUCAUCUAUGGUCGACACUCAUGCUAGCCCAUGUCUUUGUUUAGAUGUUCUUUCUUCAUCUAGUAUGAAUUUCAAGAGUUCGGGGGAUCUGGGGUUGUACAGAAGUUUAACAGGUAAGAAACAAUUUAAGCGGCCGGGGACAUUGGAAUUGAGCAGCUCAUUCAUUGAUGCCUGGCAUGAAUCGCGUCUUUCAUUCAAAGCGAUAUCAGGUUCUGUUAACCAGCGUUCGAAGAGACAGAGAAAGGCUCGGCGUCUUGUGAUCGUCAAUGAAGUUGCAGGACAGUAUGAGGAUAGCUUUGAUGAUGUUAAAACGCAAUUACUCAACUAUUUUACAUACAAAGCAGUAAGGACUGUUCUUAAUCAACUCUAUGAGAUGAACCCUACACAGUACAGAUGGUUUUAUGAUUUUGUAGUGACUAACAAACCUGGUGAUGGAAAGCGCUUUAUCCAUACUCUUGCAAAGGAGAAACAUGAUCUUGCUGAAAGAGUGAUGGUGACCCGCCUUCACUUGUAUGGUAAAUGGAUUAAGAAAUGUGAUCAUGGUGCAAUUUAUAAGGAGAUCUCAGAUCAGAACCUGGAAUUGAUGCGCGAACGACUCAUGGAAACUGUCAUAUGGCCAUCUGAUGAUACAAACACCCCAGAGAAGAUUGGGUGAUGGGUUACCCGCUUACUCUGAUACCACAUUUAUGUUGCUCUUCUUCCCUUUUCACUUCCAAAAUAACAAUAGAUACUUACAUUUAGCCCAACAAAUUAGGUUUUAAAAGAUUUUAUUUGAAUUAUUUUCCACAAUCUAAUAAGAAAUGUUGCACAAUUUCUUGUACAAGUAAAUAUAUCAAGUUACCAACACAAAGGUAAUAGAUUGGCGGCUUAAUCUUCACUCUAUUUCCCAUUAACUAUUGCUAAUAAUACAGAACAGACAACAUGAGGUACCUGUAUUUUCAAUUUAAGCAAGAACUUGAGAUGUCUACAUGCUUUUAUGGCUA